AUGAAGAAACCAACUUCCUUAAGCCGGAACGAAAAAGGUCAUGAAGAAACCAACUUCCUUAAACCAGAACGAAUAGCUCAUGAAGAAACCAAAUUCCCUAAACCAAGACGAAAAAACUCAAGAAGAAUCCAAAUUCCCUUUACCAGGACGAAAAGCUCACGAGGAAAGCAAAUUCCUUUAACCGGAACGAAAAAACGAAAAGCUCAUGAAGAAACCAACUUCCUUAAACCGGAACGAAAAGCACAUGAAGAAACCAACUUCCUUAAACCGGAACGAAAAGCUCAUGAAGAAACCAAAUUCCCUAAACCAGAACGAAUAGCUCAUGAAGAAACCAAAUUCCCUAUACCAGAACGAAAACCUCAUGAGGAAACCAAAUUCUCUCAACCGGAACGAAUCUCUCAUGAAGAAACCAAAUUCCUUAAACCGGAACGAAAAGCUCAUGACGAAAGCAACUUCCUUAAACCGGAACGAAAACCUCAAGAAGAAUCCAAAUUCCUUAUACCAGGACAAAAAGCUCAUGAAGAAACCAAAUACCCUAAACCAGAACGAAAAGCUCACGAAGAAACCAAAUUCCCUAAACCAGAACGAAUAGCUCAUGAAGAAACCAAAUUCCAUAAACCAGAACGAAAAUCUCAUGACGAAAGCAACUUCCUUAAACCGGAACGAAAAGCUCAUGAAGAAACCAAAUUCCCUAUACCAUAUCGAAAAGCUCAUGAAGAAACCAAAUUCCCUAAACCAGAACGAAUAGCUCAUGAAGAAACCAAAUUCCCUAUACCAGAACGAAAACCUCAUGAUGAAACCAAAUUCUCUCAACCGGAACGAAUCUCUCAUGAAGAAACCAAAUUCCUUAAACCGGAACGAAAAGCUCAUGACGAAAGCAACUUCCUUAAACCGGAACGAAAACCUCAAGAAGAAUCCAAAUUCCUUAUACCAGGACAAAAAGCUCAUGAAGAAACCAAAUUCCCUAAACCAGAACGAAAAGCUCAUGAAGAAACCAAAUUCCCUAAACCAGAACGAAUAGCUCAUGAAGAAUCCAAAUUCCCUAAACCAAACGCACUUCUGUUGUCAUUUGAAAUUUACAAAAUUAUCAACAUCUUUUGGAACCAUACUCACAUUUCUUUCCUUCUUUCUUCUUACGUUUCACCUUUUCUUUCUUUCUUUCUUUCUUUCUUGUUACGUUUCACCUUUUCUUUCUUUCGUUCUUUCUUUCUUUCUUUCUUUCUUGUUACGUUUCACCUUUUCUUUCUUUCGUUCUUUCUUUCUUUCUUGUUACGUUUCACCUUUUCUUUCUUUCGUUCUUUCUUUCUUUCUUUCUUUCUUGUUACGUUUCACCUUUUCUUUCUUUCGUUCUUUCUUUCUUUCUUUCUUUCUUGUUACGUUUCACCUUUUCUUUCUUUCGUUCUUUCUUUCUUUCUUUCUUGUUACGUUUCACCUUUUCUUUCUUUCGUUCUUUCUUUCUUUCUUGUUACGUUUCACCUUUUCUUUCUUUCGUUCUUUCUUUCUUUCUUUCUUUCUUUCUUGUUACGUUUCACCUUUUCUUUCUUUCGUUCUUUCUUUCUUUCUUGUUACGUUUCACCUUUUCUUUCUUUCGUUCUUUCUUUCUUUCUUUCUUUCUUGUUACGUUUCACCUUUUCUUUCUUUCUUUCUUUCGUUCUUUCUUUCUUUCUUGUUACGUUUCACCUUUUCUUUCUUUCGUUCUUUCUUUCUUUCUUUCUUUCUUUCUUUCUUUCUUGUUACGUUUCACCUUUUCUUUCUUUCGUUCUUUCUUUCUUUCUUUCUUUCUUUCUUUCUUUCUUUCUUUCUUUCUUGUUACGUUUCACCUUUUCUUUCUUUCGUUCUUUCUUUCUUUCUUGUUACGUUUCACCUUUUCUUUCUUUCUUUCUUUCUUUCUUUCUUUCUUUCUUUUCUUUUACUUUCUUGUUACUUUUCACGUUCGUUUUUUUCUUUCGUUUCACCUUUUUUCUUUCUUUCUUUCUUGUUACAUUUCACCUUUUUCUUUCUUUCUUUCUUGUUACGUUUCACCUCUUUUUUCUUUCUUUCUUGUUACGUUUCACCUUUUUCUUUCUUUCUUUCUUUCUUUCUUAUCAAAUCUCACCUCCUUUUCUUUCUUUUUCUUUCUUUUUUUCAUACUUGUAUAUGUUUCUGUCUUCCUACUCCCCCCUCCCCCCACACUUACUAUUUUUGGUGUAUCUUUUGAUUUUGGCUAUCUCCCUCUUAAAUGCCUUUUCCCUUACUUACGGUUUUUUUUCUCUUUUUCUUCUCUUUUUUCCUCUUUCUUCCAAUCCUUUUUAA